GGUCUCUUGAUGCUUUUGUGUAGGGUCUGCUGUUGGGUUCAGAUUGGAUAGCCUCCUUAAACUAACAGAGACACGUGCACGGAACAAUAAGAUGACUCUCAUGCAUUAUCUUUGCAAGGUACUUGCUGACAAAUUGCCUGAACUGCUAGAUUUUUCUAAUGAUCUGUCUAGCUUGGAACCUGCAGCAAAGAUACAACUGAAAUUCCUUGCAGAGGAAAUGCAAGCUAUUAGCAAAGGACUGGAGAAAGUUGUACAAGAACUGUCCAUGUCUGAAAAUGACGGAAUUGUGUCUGAGAAUUUUCGUAAGGCUUUGAAGGAGUUCCUUUGUCAUGCUGAAGGUGAAGUGAGGUCCCUGGCUCAGCUUUAUUCCGGCGUGGGUAGAAAUGUUGAUUCAUUGAUUCUUUACUUUGGAGAAGACCCAGCUCGUUGCCCAUUUGAACAAGUUAUCUCAACGUUACUAAACUUCCGAAGGAUGUUCAAUCAAGCCCUAGAGGAAAAUCGCAAGCAGAUUGAGUUUGAAAGAAAGAAAGCAGAGAAGGAAGCAUUGGAGAGACAGAAGACGAGUCAUUCAGAGAAAACUUGACCCAUUCUGCAUAGUCUGAAAUAAUGUACUCUUCUAUGAAAGCAUCAUCAUGGCAAAGCUUGGCCGAGAUUGAAGAUCCUGGGGAGCCAGAAAUCAGUUAUCUGACGGUAUACAGACGAUGUACAUUUUCUGUGGAAAAACCGGAGAUACGUUGGUGUAGGUUUGAAUGCUUCUCACAGUGUUCCUCUUUUAUUGUUGAGAGAGAAUCUCAGAACUUGCAGAUGGAAUUACUUUGGGGCGGUAGGCUAAAUGUACAUAUUUACCUAGGAAAAGAAUGUAGAAAUUCUUGUAGAAGAUGCCUUUU